CACAUUUUGGGGUCAUGAAAACAGUCUGGUAUGAGAAUCCACUGUGUGAAAGUCUCCAUCCAAGUGUGAGUGAUAAUGAACAAGGCAGCAGUGUAUUGCCAGAGAGUUGUUUCUUUGUCCAAUGCAGACUGAGCCCCUGCUCUAAUCUGGGUUAUCUGGCUGUAAUCAGCUUAGCCCACUGCUACUCUCACUGCUGCGGCUGGGUGGGCACAUUCUGAAGCUGUAGUCGGCCAUUCAUACACACACCUGUUGGAGUGUCUCGGGAGUAGAAUAGACCAGCAGGGAAGUUCACCUUGCAGACAGAAGAGCUUGGAGGACAGCAACAUUUUAUUGGGGAGUCCUGUCUGAACUGUGGCCAUGGCUGAACAUCAGGAGGUGGCUUCAUCUGAGGGGACACCUGCUGCUGACAUGUACCCCAGAAAGAUACUGGAGUAUAUGGAAGGAUUCCUCAUCUCCAAGACGGUUUUCUCCUCCUGUGAGCUGGGUGUGUUUGAUGUGUUGCUGGCUGCAGAACGCCCCCUGUCAGCGGAGGAGAUCAGUCAGGCAGUCGGAGCCAGCCUGGAUGGCACACAGAGGCUGCUGGCUGCCUGCGCCGGCCUGCAGCUCCUCAACACACACCAGGACAACGGAAGAGUGCUGUACAGUAACACAGAGCAGGCCAGUGUCUACCUGACCCGCUCCAGUCCUGUAUCCCUCUACCAGUCCAUCCAGUACAGCUCCAGAACCAUUUACCUCUGCUGGCACUACCUGACCGAUGCUGUCAGAGAGGGAAGAAACCAGUAUGAAAAGGCUUUUGGAGUCAGCUCGAACGACCUGUUUCAAGCUCUCUACAGGUCUGACGAGGAGAUGGUAAAGUUUAUGCAGUUAAUGAACUCCAUUUGGAACAUCUGUGGUAAAGACGUGGUCACGGCCUUCGACCUUUCGCCUUUCAAGAUCAUCUGCGACCUUGGAGGCUGCAGUGGAGCAUUAGCCAAGCAGUGCACGUCAGCCUACCCAGAAUGCACUGUGACGAUCUUUGACCUCCCCAAGGUGGUGCAUACGUCGAGGGAACACUUCGUCACUGAUGCUGACCAGAGGAUAAGCUUCCAUGAAGGGGACUUUUUCAAAGACCCCCUGCCAGAGGCUGACCUCUACAUCCUCGCCAGAAUCCUCCACGACUGGACAGACGAACGCUGCAUCGAGCUACUCAGUAGAGUCUACAAAGCCUGCAAACCAGGAGGCGCUGUGUUGCUGGUGGAGGCCUUGCUCCAUGAGGACGGCUCUGGCCCAGUGACAGUGCAGCUCUACUCCCUGAACAUGCUGGUACAGACGGAGGGCAGAGAGAGGACAGCUGCUCAGUACGCUGUCCUGCUGGCUGCCGCCGGCUUCGCUGACAUCCAGCACCGUCUCACUGGGAAGAUCUACGAUGCUGUACUGGGACACAAAGAGACAUGAGACUGACAGAUAAGGCUACUCGUGUUCAAGGACUGAAAACUCACACCGACUGGGAAAAAAAAGUGCUACUUACUACUACUGUCCCAGUUUUGGAUUUCCUUUUUAAAUGUCACCUUAAGUUUCUUCAAAUAAAAAGUUUCUCACACUGUAGGCCUAUGUGUGUAUGUGAAAUACCAUGUUCUGUAUCAAGGUAAGCUCUCCCACAAUAAAAGAGCUGACGUUUUGAAAGUUUUACAACCAUGAAUCUGCAAUAAAAACAUAACUGGACAGAAAAGUGCACGGAC